GCGCUCCGCGGCUCAUUCCGCGGCCGCCGCCAGCUGAGGGGAGCGUCGCGGGCCGAAGAGCAGAUGCCGCGGGGGCCGCUCGCAGCCACCGCGGACUUGUGAAUGGGACUCCGACUGGGGCUAGGGCUGACACCGCUGCGUUCGCCCUGUGCCGGGGACCGACAGCCCGGAGAUCGCGCCCAUCCGCUAGGGCCCCCAGAAGUGGUGGUUUUGGCUGUGUAGCUCUGUGGAGACAGUCAUCCUUGUCAUUGCUUGACUACACAAUCAGAUGGGUGGAGCUUGUUAUAGAAACUGGCAGCAAGUAUCCAAUGGGUGAAGAAGGCUCCACAUGCUUCUUAAGCCACAUGGUUACUUUUUCCUCUACAAGCCACCAACCAGAUUACCCUACGUCCUUUGGAGAGUUCAAGCCAUAAGAGAGGAAAGCACGGAGAGAGAAAAGAAGCCAACUGGGAAAACGGGGAGCAUUGACGUGAUGUCCUUGGUGAGCAAAGACAUUCUGUUCCAAGAGAGUUCUACUUGACACAUCUGAGAGGCCACCAUCUAAAAGACUGACACUUUGUUGGUGUAAGGAGGUGACAGCUGCAUUCUCCUGUGCCUACCACAUAACCAAAAAUGAAGGAGAACUACUGUUUACAAGCUGCCCUGGUGUGCCUGAGCAUGCUAUACCAUAGCCAGGCAUUUGCUCUGGAGCGAAGAAGCCACCUGAGGCCAUCACUCCGUGGACACCACGAGAAGGGCAAGGAGGGCCAAGUACUGCAGCGUUCCAAGAGAGGCUGGGUCUGGAACCAGUUCUUUGUGAUAGAGGAGUACACUGGGCCUGACCCUGUGCUUGUGGGCAGGCUUCAUUCUGAUAUUGACUCUGGUGAUGGGAACAUUAAAUACAUUCUCUCAGGUGAAGGAGCUGGAACCAUUUUUGUGAUUGAUGACAAAUCAGGGAACAUUCAUGCCACCAAGACACUGGACCGAGAGGAGAGAGCCCAGUACACACUAAUGGCUCAGGCGGUGGACAGGGACACCAACCGACCACUAGAGCCACCAUCAGAAUUCAUCGUCAAGGUCCAGGACAUCAAUGAUAACCCUCCGGAGUUCCUACAUGAGACCUAUCAUGCUAAUGUGCCUGAGAGGUCCAAUGUGGGUAUCAUCAGGACAGCCCUUCCCAAUAUGGACAGAGAAGCCAAGGAGGAAUACCAUGUGGUGAUCCAGGCCAAGGACAUGGGUGGACAUAUGGGUGGACUCUCAGGGACAACCAAAGUGACGAUCACACUGACCGAUGUCAAUGACAAUCCACCAAAGUUUCCACAGAGCGUAUACCAGAUGUCUGUGUCAGAAGCAGCUGUCCCAGGAGAGGAAGUAGGAAGAGUGAAGGCCAAAGACCCAGACAUUGGAGAAAAUGGCUUAGUCACGUACAAUAUCGUUGACGGAGAUGGCAUGGACUUAUUUGAAAUCACAACAGACUAUGAAACACAGGAAGGGGUAGUGAAGCUGAAAAAGCCUGUAGAUUUUGAAAACAAAAGAGCAUAUAGCUUGAAGGUUGAGGCUGCUAACGUGCACAUCGAUCCGAAGUUCAUCAGCAAUGGACCUUUCAAGGACACUGUGACAGUCAAGAUCGCAGUAGAAGAUGCUGAUGAGCCCCCGAUGUUCUUGGCCCCAAGUUAUAUCCAUGAAGUCCAAGAAAAUGCAGCUGCUGGAACUGUGGUUGGAAGAGUGCAUGCCAAAGAUCCUGAUGCUGCCAACAGUCCCAUAAGGUAUUCAAUUGAUCGUCAUACUGACCUCGACAGGUUUUUCACUAUUAAUCCUGAGGAUGGUUUUAUUAAAACUACCAAACCUCUAGAUAGAGAGGAAACGGCUUGGCUCAACAUCUCUGUCUUUGCAGCAGAAAUCCACAACAGACAUCAGGAAGCCAAAGUUCCAGUAGCCAUCAGGAUCCUUGAUGUCAAUGAUAAUGCUCCCAAGUUUGCUGCCCCUUACGAAGGCUUCAUCUGUGAGAGCGAUCAGACCAAGCCACUUUCUAAUCAGCCAAUUGUUACAAUUAGUGCAGAUGACAAGGAUGACACAGCCAAUGGACCAAGAUUUAUCUUCAGCCUACCCCCCGAAAUCAUUCACAACCCAAAUUUCACAGUCAGAGACAACAGAGAUAACACUGCAGGGGUGUAUGCACGGCGUGGAGGCUUCAGUCGGCAGAAGCAGGACUUUUACCUCCUGCCCAUUGUGAUCAGUGAUGGUGGCAUCCCACCUAUGAGUAGCACCAACACCCUCACUAUCAAAGUCUGUGGGUGCGAUGUGAAUGGGGCCCUGCUCUCCUGUAAUGCUGAGGCCUAUAUCCUGAAUGCUGGCCUGAGCACUGGCGCACUCAUCGCCAUCCUCGCCUGCAUAGUCAUUCUCUUGGUCAUAGUCGUAUUGUUCGUGACCUUGAGGAGGCAAAAGAAAGAGCCACUCAUUGUAUUUGAGGAAGAGGAUGUUCGUGAAAAUAUCAUAACUUACGAUGAUGAAGGGGGCGGGGAGGAAGACACAGAAGCCUUCGACAUUGCCACCCUGCAGAAUCCGGAUGGGAUCAAUGGAUUUAUCCCUCGCAAAGACAUCAAACCCGAGUAUCAGUACAUGCCUAGACCUGGGCUCCGGCCAGCACCCAACAGCGUGGAUGUGGAUGACUUCAUCAACACGAGGAUACAGGAGGCAGAUAACGACCCCACAGCCCCUCCCUAUGACUCCAUCCAAAUCUAUGGUUACGAGGGCAGGGGAUCCGUGGCCGGGUCCCUGAGCUCCUUAGAGUCUGCCACCACAGAUUCAGACUUGGACUACGACUAUCUACAGAACUGGGGACCUCGUUUUAAGAAACUAGCAGACUUGUACGGUUCCAAAGACACUUUUGAUGAUGAUUCUUAACAAUAAUGAUACAAAUUUGGCCUUAAGAACUGUGUCUGGCAUUCUCAAGAAUCUAGAAGAUGUGUAAACAGGUAUUUUUUUAAAUCAAGGAAAGGCUCAUUUAAACAAGCAAAGUUUUACAGAGAGGAUACAUUUAAUAAAACCGCAAGGGAAUAAAAGUGGUAAAUACUGUGAAGCACCUUUGCCCACACACAGCAAAGCAAAUAUUAAAGUUGUUUACCAACUUCACUAGAGAAAAACCACUUGGCAUACAAAGUAUUUAAACGAAGGAGAAUUCCACGUGAACUUAACAGUGAAGGGAAAUCGUCUAUGUGUUAUGAACAUCUAAGUCUCUCUUCUUUUUUAAUUUGUCAAAGAAGCUUCCACAAAAUUAGAAAGGACAACAGUUCUGAGCUGUAAUUUCGCCUUAAACUAUGGACACUCUAUAUGUAGUGCAUUUUUAAACUUGAAAUAUAUAAUAUUCAGCCAGCUUGAACCCAUACAAUGUAUGUACAAUACAACGUACAA